AAGACUCCCAAGUUCAAAAAGCAAAGGCAUUUAGCUUUACGCUGAAAUAAUGGAAUAGGGGUCGAAGAACUCACAGGCUCUUAUCCUGCCUCUCAUCAGUCCCUGCGGGCACCCAGCUCUCUCCAGCGCCAGCCCAUUACACGGUGGUUUGGUCAACCUGAAGGCAUCUGAUAGCCAGCCUUCUGGAGGGUUGAUAGGCAUCUGGGUUGGUCUCAGGUGAGCGAAGAUGGAAGCCUGCUUUGCUCCGAAGCAUUCAAAGUCACCUCGCCUGCUUUUGCUUUGUGCCUCUUCGUCCAUGGCGGCCACCUUCUGCUGCUAAGGAAAUGGCUCUUGACAGAUUCUGCAGCCAACACGGCCCAGGGUAAAUCUGUGCCUGAACAAGGGAAUCAAACCGGCUUUCCAAAUUCUCGCAGGUCCUGCUGCAUCAAGAGCUGCAGAACUUCAGAGCGCCACCAGAGGGCAGCUCAGAGGUAUGGAAAUGGCUAACUCUUUAGCGCCAUCUAGUGGUUAACUGAAAAUUUGCAGACUUGAUAGGAAAGCUCUCCCUGCAAUGAGGAGACUGAAAACAGCAGCAUCAGCCCUGGAAGGAAUCGCCACCAAGCCUUCUUCUAAAAUCCUAGAGCAGGAGUCUUCAAACUUGGCCCUUUUAUGACUUGCGGACUCAACUCCCAGCGUGCUGGACUGGACUGGACUGAACCAUGAUGAAGACUUUUCCUUCAACAGUGCAAAACCAUUGUUGGUUUUAAUUAGGUUGUUUGAACAAGGUGCAGUUGGCUGGAUUUACAACAAAGGCCGCCACCAUGGUUUACGCAAGUAUGCACGGAUGUCAAGUUUAGCAAUGGUAAAACUAUCCUAUUGACACAAGUAUUGGUCAGCAAAGGAAAUUCCUGUCACUAACAACAAAGCCCUAGGUGACUAAUUUCACCAGUGUAUUACAAGAAACAGAUCCUUCUAACCUGCUGUUAGAAGGUAAAGAGCAGAACAUUAUUUAUUCUACCUGGACCACAGGAUGGAUUAUACCCUGGAAGACACGCAACGCAAGGAGAAACUUCUGAAGACCGUUUACACCCUCCAAGUCAAAUCAGAUUCCACUUUUCAGAAAGCUAGUCCUCUCCUGACCAACCAUCCAGGCAUGGGCAUGGUGACUGACCACCAAGUUCACCAGCUGGUGGAGAAAGCUAGGGUCAUCUGCCAUGACCUCGACAAUAUCAAAAACCACCUUUAUUAUCGGCAAGACGAGCUGGUUCGGAGGAUCUCAAAUCCCAACCGGAGCCACUUUGGACCAGUGUGUGGAAUUCACUGCUCUCCAGAUGGAGUGGUCUACAUUACUACUGAGAACGCACCCAGAGUCGACAUUCUUAAUCACUCUGGCCAGGCAUUUCGGUCCAUCUCUUGUGUGGAAUGGAAGAAGGCAGUUUUUUUACCCGAGGACGUGACCAUCACCAGAGCUGGGAUGGUGGCUGUCACAGACAUGUUGAACGGAACUGUCCACAUCUUCAAUGACCGCUCCACGUUCUCCAAGGGGGAAUGGCUAAGAAUUGGGAAAUUUUGCUCUCCCAGAGGGAUUGCAGUUGAAGCCUCAGGAAGGAUACUGGUGGCUGACUACACCGAAGGAAAAGUCCACACCUUUGCCCUGGACCGAGCUUUCAAGAUGCAGAGCGCUCAUUCCGUCUCCAACUUAAGCGGGCCACGCUACGUGUGCAUGAUCCCCGAGGGGGGGUUUGCAGUGAGUGAAGAAUGUGGUGAAGUCAAGCUCUUCGACAGCGGCCACAAGCUGGUUUCUUCCAUCAGCAGCAAAUACGGACACCAGUUUGGCAAUCCUGCUGGCAUCUGUGCCGAUAAGGAAGGCAAUAUUAUAGUUGCCGACGAGCAGCGUCAGAAAGUACAUCUCUUUCCGAAGAACGGUUCUCCAAUCUGUCUCGUGUCUAAAGGUCUUCUGAGACCGACAGGCGUUGCCUGUUCCACCGAGGGGUCCCUUUUGGUCACCGAUAGUGGGGACAACGAUGUCAAAGUCUUCAGAUAUCGUGUGAGGCCCCAUUACAACCCUGACAUUAUACCUCCAACUUAAGCGGGCCACGCUACGUGUGCAUGAUCCCCGAGGGGGGGUUUGCAGUGAGUGAAGAAUGUGGUGAAGUCGACUUCCGGUGGAUUUUGCGUGCGUGAUGGCGGCUACUUUGUAGCCGUCCUCCUGGGUAAG